CACAUAGUCAUGCUGGCAAACCCUAGUCUGAAUUGGCAGAAGCUCCAAGAUGUGUAUUAUUGUAACAGGCCCUGUUACGAGACGUUGAAUUGGUCAAUUGAUAACCUACAUUCCAAUUAUAAGGUAACAAUUUCUCCAGAUACUAGUUUGAUUGCAUUAACUUCUAAAUUUGUUCCCCAUCCAAACUUGGUGGACAUAUACUCCAUCAGCGGAACAAAACUAUGGUCUGUUGUGUAUAAUAGCAGUCCCAGUGACCAUAUUGUGGAUAUAAUGUUCAAGGACGAAAAUCUCUGUGUUAUAUUGAAUAAUCACAAAUUUCGAUACUAUACUGACUUUAAAGGAAAUUUCAGCGAACAUAACUACACCCAAGAUCUAAUUGCAUUGCGAGAUGCUCGAUCAACUGCUCAGAGAGACCGCAGUCCAAACUAUAAGCUGGCACUUAUAACUAAUUUGGAAAAUAAUGAAACUGAAGAAAUAUUUCAUGUUUUAGAAGCUACCACUUGGAAUAAGUUUUUGAUUUUGAAAUUGAAAGAUCGCUUUAUUAUAACGGAUUUGGAUUCUUUCAUUAAUUAUGAAGCAACUUUUUCUGGACUUGAUUUGGAUCAAAUUCACUAUAUAUGUCCGCUUUCUUAUGAAAAUGAGGUUUUAAUUAUUCUCUUGAGUUAUGAAAGGUCUGUUGUUUCAUUUAAAAUUGAUUUCAGCAGUAGCUCUUACGAGUUGGUAGACCACGAACUUACCGACGGGUCUUUCAAUCAAAUUUCCGCCUCACCCAAUGGCUCAUUGAUUGCCUUGUUCAAUUCUGAAUUAUGCAAAAUAUUUGUAAUAAAUAACAGUUUCAAUCAGGUUUUAUUGGAGUAUGAUACAUCUAAUGAUUCAAGCUCUCCAUACCAAGUAGAAUGGUGUGGGAAUGAUGCAAUCGUUCUUUCUUUGAGAGACGAAAUUAAAUUAGUUGGCCCUGGUCAAAGAUCAAUUUCCUUUUUUUAUGACAUCAUAGAAGAGGAAGACGUGAAUUUGGACUUGAUUCUUAAAGAUAAUAAUGAUUUGUCUUUUACCAUUCCUAUCAUUAAAACAGAAGUCGAUGGACUCAAAAUCAUCACCACCAAUAAAGUUGAAUUUCUUAGCAGAGUUCCAGACUCCUGUGUCAAUUUGUAUCAAAUUGGGUCUUCUCAUCCAUGCAGCAUUCUACUUGACUGUGUUGAUAAGGUCGUACAACAUUCUUCCAAAGCUGACACUAGCAUUUCUUUACUUAAGUCAGAUCAUGCAUUAUUGCUGGCCAUGAAAGAAUGUUUAAAUGCAUCUCUUGAUGAGUUUCAACCAUACUGGCAGAAAAAAAUAUUGAAAGCUGUCUCAUUCGGUAACAUCUAUAAUGAUGAAUUUUAUAAUGCUGAAGAAUACCUUGAAGUUUUGAACUAUCUCAAAGUCUUGAACCAACUUAGGUCAAGCGAGAUUGGUUUAUUCUUCACUUAUAAUCAGUUGUUGUUGGUAGGAUGGGAAAGAGUGAUCGAAAUGUUGUUGAGAAGAGACCAGUAUUAUCUUUCACUCAAAAUAAUUGAUAUUCUUGGAUUGCAAAACCUUUCCGAUACAGUAUAUGUAUAUUGGUGCUCGAACAAGAUCAAAAAAGAACUUAAUAUGUCUGACAUGGAACUAUUUAAAAUAAUAGUUAAUAAAUUGUUAGAUGGCUCAUCAAAUAAGUCAGCUAAAAACUUAAUAUCCAUUAAAGACAUUUCAAACACUGCAUUUGAGGAGGGAAGAAUAGAUUUAUGUAAACUAUUAAUCAAUUUAGAACCGUCUAUUGACAAAAGAAUCGAGUACUUCCUCCAAUUUGAAGAGAUUGAAUUAGCUUUAGUAAAGUCUUUCCAAUCAGGAAAUUACGAUUUAUGUCGUUUGAUCUUACUAUAUCUACAAAAAGAGCUAACCACAUCCCAAUUUUUCAAAAUAUUGAAUCAAAAUGAACAAAAAGGCUUGAUCAAGGAUACUUCAUUGAAUGAAGUUGAUGAUCCAAAAAUCUUGAAACUUGUCAAUAAUGAAAAUUUAUUUGUUUCAGGAGAUUUAAUUGGUAAUUUUUGGGUAAAUAGUAUUGGUAAAUCAACGCCUAAAAUCCUUGAAAGAUACCUCUUAGAAGAAGAUAAAAAGGUGCAAUUUGAUACGAUCAAGUUGAAGGAAUUUAUCAAAGGGAACGACAAACACAGUUCUAAUGAUAUAGUUGAUAAUUCUCAAAAUGAGGCCUACCAUGAAGAGUAUAAAUCUAGAUUGUCCAAAUUUACUGGAAGAUCCGCAUCUAAAAGCUCAGCUAAAUUUUUCCAAACGGAACUACAAAUUCUUGAAUUAAAAAGGAGACUUACAGAGACCUACCAAAAAUCUUUUUACAGUGAAAAAUCUUUGCUUGACAUCUUGAGAAAACUAAUCAAAAUGAAUCAAUUGAAGCAAGCAAAUAAGAUUGUAAAAGAUAUGAAGGUUUCUCAACAGAAAUUUUGGCAUUUAGUUCUACAGACUUAUGCUCAAGAAGGCGAGUUUACCAAGCUUUAUAAAUUUAUCACUGAUAAUAGUCAAUCGACAAACCAUUUGAAAUCGCCAAUUGGAUUUGGACCAAUUAUUAAAACCUGCAUGUUUCAUAAAGCACCCCAAGAUCAAAUAUCAAUAUAUAUUGAGAGUAGUAAUGAUCUUGGUUAUGAUGAAAAAACCGAAUUAUAUUUACAAAAUGGGGAUAUUUCACUGGGAGCUAAUGAAGCCUUUAAGAAUAAAGAUGCUGAAUUGCUUCAAAGGGUUUUAAUCAGAGCUGAAGCAAUGAAUGAUAGAAUAUCCAGAGACAAAAUAAAGAGUUAUUUGAAUAGAUUAGGUUUUUAG